AGCAUGAUCGCGACGCCUCCGGUGGCUUCCCUGGUGCCUGACCCCGUGCUGGGCAGCGGCUUUGCCCUCAAGCACCAUGCAGCUGCUUCUUGCUCUGUUGGCGCUGGCUUACGCAGUCGGCUCUACCGCAGGCGCAGACUGGUGCUAUGAGAUUCAAGCCAAGGAGCCCAACAGCCACUGCCAGAGACCUGCCGACUGGACUGGGGACUGUCAGAAGACCCACCAGUCUCCCAUCAACAUCAUCACCACUGAGGCGAAGGAGAACCCCAACCUGAAGCCCUUCACCUUCACUGGCUAUAACCAGAAGAAGAAGUGGAUAGUUAAGAACGAUGGACACUCAGUGAAAAUGAUGCUGGGGGACGGAGUCUUCAUUGCUGGAGGAGACCUGCCUACACAGUACCAAGCUGUACAGUUGCACCUUCACUGGUCACAGGAUGUGGACAGGGGCUCAGAACACAGCAUUGAUGGGAAACACUUUGCCAUGGAGAUGCACGUCGUCCAUGAGAAGGGGACAUCGAGCAAUGAGGUGCAGGACUCCAAGGACAAGAAUGCAGUGCUGGCGUUCAUGGUUGAGGUGGGAGAUGAGGUGAACGAGGCCUUCCAGCCGCUGGUGGAGGCACUGUCCAGUAUCUCCAAACCCAACACAAACACCACAAUGAAGGAGAGCAGGCUGCAGGACUUGCUUCCUAAGGAGGAGAAACUGGUUCACUACUUCCGUUACCUGGGCUCCCUGACCACACCGAACUGUGACGAGACGGUUAUCUGGACUGUGUUCAAGGAACCCAUUAAGCUCCACCAGGACCAGUUCCUGGAAUUCUCAAGGAAGCUCUACUAUGACAAAGAACAGAAGCUGAAUAUGAAGGACAAUGUGAGGCCCCUGCAGCAGCUGGGUAACCGCCAGGUGUUCAAGUCCCAUGCCCCAGGACAGCUGCUGCCCUUGCCCCUGCCCACCCUGUUGGUCCCUACGCUCACCUGCCUGGUGGCCAGCUUCCUCCAGUGAUGGACCACUUCUGGAUAUGUGACCUCUGACUUCAGCCCUUAGGGGAUAUGGCUUUGCUUUCUGACUUUGCAGGUUGGACUUUGGGGACUAUUAAAAUACGGGUAGCUGGCUGCGGAGGUGCACACCUUUAAUCCCAGCACUGGCAAGGGCAGACACAUGGAUCUCUGAGACUGAGGCCAGCCUGCUCUCCAUAGAGAGUUCUAGCCUAUCCAGGUUUACAAAGGGAAACCCUGACUUCCACCCACCCCCUCCCCACAAUUGAACAAAAAUAAAAUAUGGUUAUAUUUUUGGAGAAA